AUGAAAUUCUCUAAAGAUGUUAGUUCUUCUCGACGUAAAAGCCGAAAAGCUCAUUUUUCAGCACCUUCUUCGAUUCGCAGAAAAAUUUUGAGUGCUUCAUUAUCUAAGGAACUAAGGGAGAAAUAUAAUGUUCGAUCUAUUCCCAUUAGAAAAGAUGAUGAAGUUCGAAUUGUGUGUGGCACUAACAAAGGUCGCGAAGGGAAAGUUAUACAAGUUUAUCGCAAGAAAUGGGUUAUUCAAAUCGAACGUAUUAGCAGGGAAAAAGUAAAUGGCACCAGUGUUCCAAUUGGUAUUCAUCCAUCAAAUGUUGUUAUUACAAAACCAAAGAUGGAUAAGGACAGAAAAAACAUGUUGGAACGAAAAAAGGCAUCAUCUAAUAAGGGUAAAGCGAAAGAGACCAAUGAUGCUAUGGAAGAAUAA